AUGGAUCAUCAAGACUGGCAGCGAGGGAAAAGUAGAGGUCACAGGCGCUACGAUGAUGAUGAUGAGGCCCAGCCAGUCUACAUCGGCGUUCCAGUUUCCCACAGACGGAAAAAGCGCAGACACCAUUCCAGUGUCAGUGACGCCGACCAUGAUAGCCGGCACACACACUACGACCACCACACACACCGUGAACGCUCACACCGGGAAUAUUACCACGACAGAGAGGAGCCCGACGACGAUGACGAGGGCAGCACAGAGCAGCACGAGCCCGCCAACCUCUCAGUAUCCCCUGCAGCGGAGCGUCUGCGCCACAUACUGGAUGAGGACAGCACCCCGACGCCCACGAUAUUCACCGAGAUGGACACACUGCAGCACGAGGGGGGAGAAUUAGAGUGGAAAGAGUCUGCGAGGUGGGUGAAGUUUGAGGAGAAGGUGGAGGAAGGAGGAGAAAGAUGGAGCAAGCCUCAUGUGUCCACGCUGACCCUCCACAGCCUGUUUGAGCUCCGGACCUGCCUGCAGACGGGAAGCAUCCUGCUUGACCUGGAGGGCUACUCACUGCCACAGAUCGUGGACGACAUCGUGGAUCGGCAGAUAGCAGAUGGUCUCAUUGCUCCGGAUCUAAAGGAGAAGAUCAGCUUUGUGUUGCUGCGGAAGCACCGUCACCAGACCAAGAAACCCAUCCACCGCUCGCUGGCAGACAUCGGAAAGUCCUCCAACGCUGCUUCCAACCGUAGUCCUCAGGCUAAUCUGAACCGUAGUACUAGUACAGCUUCCGGGAUCCACUGCUCCACAGAAGACCUACGCUCUCGGCAGGCAAGCAGCCUUGGCCGCCUGCAUCCCUCCCAGAGCCGGAGCAUGAAUGAUAUUUCAGACACACCGAGCACAGACCAGCUGAAGAAUAAGUUCAUGAAGAAGAUUCCUCGAGAUGCCGAAGCAUCCAACGUCCUGAUUGGCGAGGUGGAUUUUCUGGAUAAACCCUUCGUCUCUUUUGUGCGUCUGGCUCAGGCCACGACUCUCGGAGGCCUCACCGAGGUCCCUGUGCCGACGAGGUUUCUCUUCAUCUUGCUCGGUCCUCACGGCAAAACCAAGUCCUACAAUGAGAUUGGCAGAGCUAUCGCGACGCUCAUGGUGGAUGAACUGUUCAGUGAUGUCGCCUACAAAGCCAGAGACCGUGACGACCUGAUUGCGGGUGUGGAUGAGUUUCUGGAUGAGGUCAUUGUCCUUCCUCCAGGGGAAUGGGACCCGAAAAUACGCAUCGAACCUCCAAAGAAGGUUCCAUCGGCAGAUAUGAGAAAGUCCGUGCUGAACCUGAAUGAGCUGGGUCAAAUGAACGGCUCGGCCGGCGGUGCAGCUGGAGGAGAAGACGAAGAGCUUCCAGCUCCACAUGAGCUUGGAGAGGAGCUGAAAUUCACUGGGAGGUUCGGAGGAGGAAUGUGGCUGGACAUCAAAAGGAAGAUCCCGUGGUAUUGUAGUGAUAUCUACGACGGCUUCCAUAUCCAGUCUAUUUCUGCUGUGCUCUUCAUCUACCUGGGCUGCAUCACCAAUGCCAUCACCUUUGGAGGACUGCUAGGGGAUGCUACAGACAAUUACCAGGGAGUGAUGGAGAGUUUCCUUGGCACCGCUUUAGCAGGGACUGUCUUCUGUGUGUUUGGUGGGCAGCCUCUCAUCAUCCUCAGCUCAACUGGACCCAUUCUCAUCUUCGAGAAACUGCUUUACGAAUUCAGCAAGAACAAUGAUAUAGACUACAUGGAGCUGCGUCUGUGGAUCGGCCUUCACUCGUGUCUGCAGUGUUUCUUGCUUGUCGUCACGGACGCCAGCUACAUUAUCAAGUACAUGACCCGCUUCACAGAGGAGGGUUUCUCCAGCCUCAUCUCCUUUAUAUUCAUCUCUGAUGCCAUUAAGAAGAUGGUAGGAGCAUGGAAGUAUUACCCAAUCAACCGUGGCUUCAAGCCCGACUACAUCACUGCCUAUAAGUGUGAAUGCAUCGCGCCAGACCAGGCAUCUGCGCUGGGCUUGAAUGUUUCAGCUCCACUCGCAGAUGAUAACAUGACUCUGCUGUUUAACUUGACAGACCUGGACUGGAGUCAGCUGAGUAAGAAAGAGUGUGUGAAGUAUGGCGGUGCGCUGGUGGGGAGCUCCUGUAAGUAUGUUCCCGACCUGGCCCUCAUGUCCUUCAUCCUCUUCUUUGGCACCUACUCCAUGACUGUUUCCCUCAAGAAGUUCAAGUUCAGCCGCUACUUUCCGACAAAGCUCCGUUCCCUCGUCAGUGAUUUCGCCAUCAUCAUUUCUAUCCUGGUCUUCUGUGGACUGGAUGGCCUGCUGGAGCUGGACACCCCCAAACUGCACGUUCCCACUGAGAUCAAGCUGAGGAAGCUAAUCAGUGAUUUUUCCAUCUUCAUGUCAAUCAUGUGCUUUGUGGGCCUGGAUAUGUUGAUGGGGUUAGACACACCCAAACUAAUCGUUCCAACUGAGUUCAAGCCCACGCGUUCCGACCGUGGCUGGUUGGUGAUGCCGUUUGGUAAGAACCCCUGGUGGUGGUAUGUGGCCAGCUUCGUUCCCGCUCUCCUGGUCACCAUCCUCAUCUUCAUGGACCAACAGAUCAGCGCCGUCAUCGUCAACCGCAAAGAAAACAAACUGAAGAAGGGUUGCGGCUACCACUUGGACCUGUUCUGGGUGGGCGUGCUGAUGGCUGUGUGCUCCUUCAUGGGUCUGCCCUGGUACGUAGCAGCCACUGUCAUCUCCAUCGCACACAUCGACUCUCUGAAGAUGGAGAGUGAGUCCAGCGCUCCUGGAGAGCAGCCACAGUUCCUCGGAGUCAGGGAGCAGAGGUUGACGGGUAUCCUGGUGUUCGUUCUUACCGGGCUCUCAAUUUUCCUCGCUCCGAUUCUCCAGUAUAUCCCCAUGCCGGUGCUGUACGGAGUCUUCCUUUACAUGGGAGUGGCCUCACUGAGUGGCAUCCAGUUCUGGGAGCGGAUCAAGUUGUAUCUGAUGCCACCCAAACACCAGCCAGACUUCUCCUUCCUGCGUCACGUCCCGCUGAGACGCGUCCAUCUUUUCACCCUCGUCCAGAUCGUGUGUUUGGCCGUCCUCUGGAUCCUGAAGUCCACCUUCCUCGCCAUCAUCUUCCCAGUAAUGAUUCUGGGUCUGAUGGUCGUACGGAAGCUGCUGGAUCUGAUCUUCUCGCAGCACGACUUGGCCUGGCUGGACGACAUCCUGCCAGACAAAGACAAGAAAAAGAAAGAGGAUGACAAGAAGAAGAAGAAGGAUAAGAAGGCUGUGGAGCCAGAGAGCGAUGAGGAGCCCAACAGCUCCGCCCCCCCUCCAGUGAAGAUCGCAAUGGAGGCCUUAGAACCAGCCCCCGUCCUUGUUAACCCCCCCACCCAAAACCAAACCUCUGAGUGUGAGUACACCAACCCUUCCCUCCUAAUUGUUUGA